UUGAUAAAUUAGCCAAGAAACAAGCUAAAAAAUGCUUAUCUAAAAAGACUCAAAAAUCAAUUGCUAUAUUAUCUAAGCAGUAUGAAAAAAAACAUUAUGAAGAUUCUAUUUAUCAUUCUCUUGAAAAAUAUAUAGAUUACUAUAAAAUUUUUGAGGAGAUUGAAAUUAAUGAUCCAAAUUUAUAUGAAAAGUUUAUUCAAGCAAUCAUGCAAAUAUUACAUUAUACAAGAAUUUAUAAAGUUGAAAAUGAAGCAAAAUUUGUCAAGAAAUAUAAAAGAAUUUUAUCUGAAAUAGACAUCUCAACAAAUCCAAAUAAAUACAUUAUAAAUCUCUUGAUAAAAUAUUCAAAAUAUAAAUUCUUGCCACAUUUAUAUAAAGAUAAAAAAAGCUUGUUGAUUUCAAUUGCAAAGAUUGAAUAUUAUUAUUGA